UAGUGCAGUUCGUUGUUAGUUGUUGGAGAGUAGUUAUGAGUGCGGUUCGUCAGUGUAUACUAUACACAGUUGCCGUUUAGUUACAUGUGUUAAAGAAGUAUUCUCAAUACACAAACUAUAUAAGUAAAAAUAUUUCGUUUUGUCCACUGUGAAUUGGAUUAUAUGUUCUUCAAUCGAGGAAAUUUAAACCACUAAACAUAUGCAACACCAUCGCAUGGCAUAAUUGGUGUAAUUGACAGGUGAAAAAGAGAAAAAAAAGUGAGGACAAUGGGCAAUGUGACUUUUAUAUAAUUCACAAAAACCAAAAUAUAAAAUUAACCAAGGAAAAGAUUGUUAAAAAUUCAUUGGGAAUCGUUGUCUUUGAUACAUCUGCCAGCCAGUGGUGUACGUAAUAUAAAUCGUUGUGUGAAGUUAUCAUAAAUUUAAGGUGAACGUUACAAUAUGGCUCAGGAUGUGAUUGAUUCUGCAAUUUUCACUGGUGCUGAAAAUAAUACCAAAGGUCCAUCUAUACAGACACUCAACAGCGAAAUGCCCAAUAAAGAAAGUCAGAAAGAAAACAGAAAACGCGUUUUUAAAUCUCUUCUCAACAGAUUAAGAUGUAAGAAGUAUGCCAGCGCUGCAAUAUCAAAACCAGACCCAACGUAUCGGGUAGCAUAUCUUGGAAAUGUCGUCACUGGAUGGGCUAAAGGUGAAGGUUGUGUCGAGAAACCUUUAGCCACAUUAUGGCGCAAUUAUACCCAAUCUUCUCGACCAGACGUUCGUAUGCAGUUGACCGUAAGCGCAGGAGGUUUAAAAGCAACAACAAAGGACCAUGGUUUAACUGAAUAUUGGGCUCAUAGAUUAACCACCUGUGCUGCACCUGAUCAAUUCCCUAGAUUGUUUUGUUGGGUGUACAGACACGAAGGAAGACGGCUGAGACACGAACUUCGAUGCCAUGCUGUUUUAUGUUCAACUGCAGCUAUAGCAAGACAGAUUGAGAUGGAGUUGAAACAGUCACUAGCAUUAGCUCUACACGAAUUUAAACGUGAUAAAGUAUCACGACAAAAUGCUAGAUUAUCUUUGGUUAAUUCAUUAUAUGAGAAUCCAACAAUACCUAGAAGAAAAAUAUUACUUAGUACUGGGUCACAUAACUACAAACCUCCCCUAGAAAGGUCAAAGUCAGCUCCAAAAUUAACAAGUAUUGAAGAAAUCAUAGAAGAAGAUGAUACUUUUCAAAGUUCUCAAAAAAUAUACAAAGAAAUAUUAAAACAUUAUGACAGUACUAGUAGUUUAUUAGGCAAAAGGAACAAUUACUUAAUAAAUAAAUUCCAAUUCAGAGACACUACCAUACCUAUUACAGAAGAUUUCUGUAAUGAAAAAGAGGUGUUGAGUAGGAAAGUUCAGUUUGAAAAUGGUAUAGAAGACUUAACUUUAGACGAAAAGAGUGACAUGAUCUUAGAAGAACUAGUUCAAAAUUCACUAAGAAAUGAUCUGUUAGAAACUUGCGAAAGAGCGUGGUUUAAUGCUUUAAGAGAAAAACCAGAUCUAAUUCCCCAUGACAGUGAUGAAGGUUCACUGUCUAGUGGCUGUGAUUCUGCAAGCACUAUUGUAUCUGAUGUGGAGCAAGUAAUUUUCCCUACAAUAAAUGAAAUUGUUCAUGAAGAGGAAGCAUGUGGUAAAGCUGUACUUGAAAAGAAGACUGAUUUAGAAUUUAUAGUAGGGAAUAAUAUGUUGUCACGAGUAAGGAGUUUCGAAAAAAUUGCAAAUACAGAUAUUUUAAAGUAUUGCGGACUGAAUACUGCCUAUAAUAAUACACCCAUUUUGGACCAGGAUGAAGUUUCUCUAAUACCAGUGGGAGAAAGUCACUCGGACUUUAGUUCAUUGAAGGUUUACAAAAAACGGAGUAUGUCAGAACCUACUUACCUUAUAAAUAUACGUAAUCGAAAUGACUUUGAAGAGGAAGAAAAUGGCAGUGCUUGUAGUGACGAAAGCGGCUUUGAAGAAGAUGAAUUAGCUAGCUCGAUUGGAAAUAUAGUCUUGGUUUAGUGUUUUGAAAGUUAAAGAAAAUGUUUUACAUUUGUGGUAACAUAUGAUAAUAACAAAUAUGUAGUAUGUAUGUAUGUACCUACAUUCUACGUAAGUUAUUAAAUUUUUACGUUUUCACAUAAUAUUUGCAUAAUUUUUACCACUUUGGAGAACUGAUGUACAUAAAAGGGUUAUAGUAAAUGCUGUAAAAUAAAGAUUCUGAUUUUUA